AAGUGGAAGUCGGGUUAUAUGGACAGUUCAUUUAGAAAGAUAUUUUGAUAAAACUAGUAGGCCAACAGUUUCACAAUUUAAAAUUAUCAAAAUUAAAAAAUUACAAAUAGACAGAAAAAAGCCCACAGUUAACUAGCGGUUUGAAUUUGAUACGACGAUUAGGCCAACAUAUAGAAACAGUAUAGGCCUACUAUAGAAUGCCUACCAAUACUUCACUUACUAUCUACUUCUUUAUGGUGGUUUUGGUCACCAACUAUUUUGUUCUGACAAAUGCUCAAAAAGUUAAAAUCGGAAUUUUAUACGACAGAGCUACAAGACACGAAGCAAAUAUUGUACAGCAAGUUAUUCAAGAGAUUAGUAUACCAAAUCUUAAUAUUCAGACACUAAUGUACGAGCAAGACCAUACUAUGAACCAAACAGAAUUUCUCUUCGAUUCGAACGUGACAGCAGUACUAUCCGUUAUCGCAAAAUUAAAUUGCACCUCAGUUCAAUUAACGAAGAGAUUAAUUCCCUUCUUUUCUGUCGCAAGGUCUCUUGAUUCAUGUGAUCGCAACGACGUUCACGACAGCAUCACGUAUUUAUUCCCAUCCAACUUUGCUUUGAUAUCAGCCCUCAACAAAACAACAAACCAUUACCAAUGGAAUGACGCGAUAGUUCUGGAAAAACAAAACAACGAAAUCCAGUUCGGCUUUUCUGACCUUCAGUUUACAAGAGAGCAAGGCAUCGAAACUAUUGCGUUCGAAGCGACAGAAGACGAAGCUUCGUUAAUCGCGACAUUAAAAAUGGCGAAAAAGGAAGGACUCAGGACAUACAUACUGACAAGCUCUGCCGUAAGUGUCUCCCAUGUUAUGAAGCAAGCGGACAUAAUGCAACUUACAACUGGUAACUUUCAUUGGUACAUACCGAACGUGUUCGUCGACCCGGAGUCCUUCCCAGAUAUUGCGAAGAAAGGUUUACGUCUCACAUCACUUACAAGUCCCGUUAUAACCCCACUUGUUCGACGCCUUAUGUUAUCCUACGGACCUACAACUAUGACGCAAGAAGAGCAACAGCGACGUAUAUAUGAUGACGUCAUUAGAGGCCUGACCAGACUUGCGGUUGACGUCAUAGCGAAAUCUUGCCAGAAUAGAAAACCGGAAUGUACAGUUGCAGAGGAAAUCUGCCGCCCAUUACCAAAUGAUAUUGAUCUCACUGAAUACACACCGGGUACUGCAACAGGAAAUGGUAAUCCAUAUGGCACACGAAGGAGGCGUGACGUGGCCUUUUCAAACUCAUUGUCUUCCUGUCAAUCAAACUCGAAUGCAGAAAAUUGCAAACAGAUAUCUACUUGCUAUACCCAAGGCACUUCACGUGGCCAAAGAGAAGGAAAACCAGUUACUGUUAUCAAGAAACGUAGCACCUCAAAUACAGAAGUCACAUCAAGGCUUCAAAAAGCGGUUCAUUUUCCUGACGUGGAACUAGUGAGUCAGUCAUGUUCAAACUUUAAGUGGCCGCAAUAUUUGAAAGAUGAAAUCGCAGGUACCUCUGGACGUGUAACGGACCUAUCACCAAUGUCAAUUAACUACAACGCUUCGGUCGACGUGUGUAGAUACAAAUCAACAUACAAAUGGGCAUUUAAAGCCGACUCUUGUUCUCACAAUUUGGUUGCGGGGAUGCAGAUUGAGCAAGCAAAUAUGGUAUUAGUGCAAGAAUACUCAAGAUCAAAUGAUAAGUUGCCAGUAACUGUCGGAGUAUAUAACUGGGACAAAACAGGAGAAUUCAACCCACUUUAUCAUCCGUUUACAUUGGAAGAUAUUAAACUACCUGAACGACAAAUACGAGUGUGCGCUGUUUGGCGCAAGCCCUGGUUAAGUUGGAAGGAAAUAAAAGGUGAAACGAAAUUUGAAGGUUUCCUAUACGAUGUUAUUGAAGAACUAAGCAAGCAUCUAAACUUCACCUAUGAUAUCAUAAUUCAUCCAUAUUUUGCUGCCAAACAAACAGCGACCGAAGACGAAAUAGAGAGAAUGAUUUACGAAAUCUUUCAAAACGGGACGUGUGACUUUUUCCUUCACACAAAAAGCUUACGUGGCGGAAGCCUUGGUCAGUCUGAUACAGCAGAUGCUUCACUGGCGUACCAGCAUCCGUCUAUGUAUUUAUUGACCAAAAGAUCUGAAAAGACAGAAUCCAUAAGCAUUUGGCAGUUCAUGACACCUUUCAGAGAAGAAUCGUGGCUUUGUCUAUGGUCUUCAUAUAUACUGAUCUCAUUGCUCAUGGCCUGGAUCAACAAAAACAAUCCUUUUGAAUACCAGAAGAUUGCUCCUUCUUUUGGUCCGAACUCUUCACCAGCAGACCACCUUGGUGUAUUAAACAGCUUAUGGUUUACAUUUUCAUCAAUUGUUCAACAAGGCGUUGAUAUUGUCCCAAGAUCAAGAGCUGCAAAGACUUUAACAGGAGCUUGGUGGUUCUUUGGUCUCACCAUAAUCACUGCUUAUACAGCAAACAUGACUUUGUUCAUGACGCAGGGCAAUAAAGGCGGGAUCAAGACCUUAGACGCGCUCUCAACCCAAAUAGAGUUCGCCUACGGUAUAUUGGAAGGAGACCCGAUUCUGACACUGUUUCUACCGCAUGCUAAAGAACGACCAUACACGGUGAUAUACAACUAUUUCAAACGAAACUGGAACACGUCUGUGUUUGCGACGCAAGACGAAGCGUUCGCUGAGAUUCAAAAAGGAAAUUUUUACUUGCUGUCUUCGUUCGAAUCUACAGUGGACGCAUUAAGCACUUCGUGCAGCUUUGAUAAGGUCGGUACCGGUUUUUACCAAUACCAGUUCGCCCUACCCUUUCCCAAAGGCUCCCUACUUUUACCUGUAUUCAACGACGGUAUUGCUCGACUACGGGAUAUCGGGAUACUCACAACGCUAGAGGAAAAAUGGUUUUCGAUCGAAACGAAAUGUGAGCAAGACGGGAGUUCUAAAACAUUAGAAAAUCAGUUGGACAUUAAAGCGUUUACAGGAAUGUAUGUCUUCCUAUUGCUAGGAUGUGGAAUUGGUGGCAUUUUCUGUUUGAUUGAAACUGGAUACGUUUCGUUUGGAGGAAUAAGAGGUUUGUAUGGGAACGCCCGUUUCUAUGAAUUCCAGGAGAACCGUAGGGAGCAUCGCAAGACACUAGAUCAACUUGAGAAGGAAUUCGAGGGGUGGGAAGGCGGUUGGGAAGUGUGGAAAUUUAAGGAAUGGUCAAACGAUGGAGACCACAAUGCAUUAAAAGCUGAAGAUCAAAAGAAACUCAAAAUGAAACGUGAGAUUAAGAAAACGACUCAAAUGGGAUUGGACAAAUGUGGUUUAUGUGGAAAAACUGUCAAGGAAAAAAUUGGGAACACACAAAAUGCUCCAUUUAAAAGCAUGAUCAUAACGUCACCUGUAGAUAAAAACCUGCCACCCAACGACAAGUUUGAACAACCGAACGCAGUCGACAGCGGGCGCUGUAGUAUUGCAAGCGGUAUAAUAUCAGAUUUUGAAGAAAGAGAAGUCAAAACCAUCAACGAAAAAAAACAAUAUUUUGACGAGAAGAAAACUUUUUCACAACCUUCACAAAACGAUACAACGUUUGUAGAAGUCCACCCCCACCCCUUACCAGAAGCGCCACCGUUACCCCCAAGACUAUACCCCGAUUUACCAUCAAGUUUCCACUCCCCCAACAUGGUACAAGAGAUUAACCCUACGCUACCAAUUUCGAGCCCACCAGAAUUUGAAACUAGCGCGACAUCUGAUUGGUCGUCAACCGAACUUCCCGACCAAUCAACGACCAGCAGCAGUGAUGAUGUCAAUACUCAAAUGGGUUUUGAAUCUCUACCGCCACCUCGCGCAUUUUCGGCGGCCGACACCCCUUCAAAUUUUAUGGAUACUGAUUGUGAUUGGACUGACGUCGACGAUAUAGAUAGCUACGACGAAUAUUAAACUAUAGACUUUAUAAAUAUUGUAUCUUAUCUUGGGGUAAGAUAGUCCAAAAAACAGGCCGCUCGUGUUACACAAAAAAAAAAACGAUGGAAAUGUAGUUUUGUGACAAAAUAUGUCUAUUUUCCGCAAAGUGAGUUUUUAGUUUAUAAUUAUAUAGAAGGUUGGGGUAAGAUGGUUUAUGUUUUUAUUCUUUUUUAUAUUAUCAUCCGGUAGCAAACAGAGAAUAUUUACAGAAUUAUUUAACCGUAUCCUCACUGCUACGAAAGACCUUUAUUAAUUCUAAAACACACGAUUAGAAAAUAUUAUGUGAUUAUAUCCACCUUAACCCACAGUACUUUACAUUACAAAAAUAUUUUAAAGCGAUGUUUGUGGACAUUAAGAAUGCGAGAAAACAUUAUAAUGCCUUUGCCCCAAUUUGUAGAUGAAGUGUGUCAAUAAUUUUAUUGUAGAAGUAGUUUUAGUAGCGAGUUUUUGUAAAUAGUUUGCGUUUUUAUUUUAUAAUAGAUCGUAAAAAAUCCACCAAGCAAAAAAGCCACGUUUGUCAUGAAAACACUGGUGUGAACUUGUGCUUGUAUGUGACCGUUGUUACAAAAAUCGAUUUUACGGCAGAACACUUGAACGUAUCAACUUUGUUGAUGUAUUUUUACGUUUUUUUUACCGAAUGCCGCGAUCUUAUGCACUUGUCACGCCAAUAUAGCUGCGGCGACCUGUUCUAAUUGAUUUAAAGCCAAGCAGGUCAAACCUAUAAACGGACAUUUCGACGCCGUCGCCUUUUGAGACUUUGCCCCAAUUCCUAGCUCAGCUCCCGUCUAUUCUAUACCGACUUACUCAGCAUUAUCGAGGCUCAGGAAACCCGGGUCGCGUGGGUUCAGCAUGGGUGAUUGGACGAGCUACGUCACCACGCCUACCGGUUGUGUACGUUGUUAGGCCUGCCACAUCUGUUAAGCGACCGUUGAAGCUUAAAAUGUAAAUAAAUCGCUCCAAUUCGAGACCCCGACUCGCGAUCCCAGAAGUGAUAAGAGUCGCACUUGAGACCGAGUCCAAAGAGCCGGUUUCGGACGUUUUCGAAGUCGGCUAAAACAACAGCUGAUCGUAUAGAGAUUGCCGCAACAACUAGGUCACACGCACACUUUUUUAUUCCCGCGGCUUCAUAUAAAAUGCAACGCUGGCGUAGGUUUAAUUUUUACCACGGGUCACGUAAUAUAAAACCACCAAGACUAAAAAUUCAAAUCAAAUCCCCUCUGAUGUAGACGGACGAAAAACCGCGUUAAAAUGUCGCGUUAAAUUGGGCACAUUCGCCCAAAGUGGUUCACACACUACU